GAAACUCUUAGUUUGCUCUCCCCGCAGAGCCGUGUGGAUUUACUACCAGAAAGCAGCCUUUAUUUGUGUCUGCUGAGCACAGCAGAUCAAAAAACACGCCAGGAAUCUAAACGCCCGCUCACCGUCUCUACUGUGUGGGUUUGAAUCGAGGGACCCUCUGGGUUUUUUUCUGCCUUUAUUUUCAUUUUUAACUCUUUGAAGAAGACACAAAGGAGGAUGGGCGCUCAGUUGACUAAAGGUGAAGCUACAGUGGACGGAAAAGCCGUGGCUGAUAAAGCCAAUGGUCAGGAAAACGGUCAUGUGAAAACCAAUGGUGACGUUUCUACCAAGCCAGAUGGAGAAGCUGUGGCAGCAGACGGAAAUGGAACCACGGAGGUUGCCAAGGAGGAGCCAGCCAAGACGGAGGCGGGAGAUGGCAUCGAAGCCGCCCCCGCUACCGAAGGCGACGCCGCCAAAUCUGACGGCGAAGCUGCAAAGGAAACCAAGAAGAAGAAGAAAUUCUCACUGAAGAACUCCUUCAAAUUCAAGGGCAUUUCCCUGAAGAAGAACAAGAAGGGAAGCGAGGAGGCCGGGGAGCCCUCGGCCACGCCCACAGCCGAAGACAAGCCAGAGGAGAACGGCCAGGCUGCUACGGAGACCAAAGAGGAGGAGCCCGCUGCGGCAGAAACCAAUGAGACACCGGCACCUGAGGCGGAGGCGGAACCCAAAGCGGUGGAGGAGGAGCCUAAAGCAGAAGAGCCCGCCCAGGAAACAGAAGCCGCGCCCACAGAGGAGACCACAAAACCUGAGGAGACCCCAACCCCGGCCCCCGCUGAAGAGACCACGCCCACCACAGCCUCGGACCCGGAGCCGGCUGCAGAGUGACCUCACUUCACUGUGGCAACCUAGACUGUUUAUCUUUAUCCUUUUUUUCUUUUUGAGAUUGAAAUAUAUAAAUAUAUAUAAAUAUAUAUAAAUAUAUGAGACUUGAGCCACAAUCUUAAAGUUACAGCAAUACUACAGAGAAACCGAGUUCUUUCACCAUCUUUGCUGAUAACGGUCUCUAGUUCACGGUUUGUCCGGUCCGGUGUCGGUGAGCUCUGUGCUGAAGCACGUUUUUGUUUUUUGGGGGUUUUUGGGAAUCGGUCCGGAAAUCGCUCUGUGUAUGGAUUGGAACGACUGAUGGAAUUUCCGCCUCAGGAGAAGAGCAGCGGAUGGAAGAGCGUGGCUCCCUGUUCACAGUCUUUUCAGUCAUUUUUCUCUUUUUAACUUCAUCCGAUCCUUGAUUUUUCAGGGCUGAUGAGUGAAAUGACCAAUUGUCCUCUUAGGAGAUGGUUACGGGACAAUGUAAAACUACAACAAAAAAACGAAAAAGUACAAAAAAAAUCUUUUUUUAAGUGUUUGAAUAGCUCUACAUUCCAAUUUUUAGCCCUGAAAACUGUAGGGUGUCAGAAGAUCUGGGCGAGUGAAUAGGUUUUAGUCUUAGUCUGUUUUUAAUGAUGUUUUACAGUUUUAAUCAGAUCCAGCUACACAUUUCAAAGUUUACGACAAAGGGGAAUUAAACCACUGCUUUUAUCAAAUAUAUAUUUUUGUUCAGUUAAGUCUCUGUACAUACAUUUUCUGACUCUUUAUUUUGCUAACAUUUCCAGGUGUUAAUAAGAUGUACGAUUAGGCCAAAUAAAUGUUUGACCCCCCUA